CAUAUCGAUAACGUAAGGAUACUCCCAAUAAAAACAAUUUGUUACACAAUUUAGCGUUUCUCUUUCCCUUCGUAUAUCGUUCGAUAUAUUUCAUAAUCUCCUUUUCAUUCUUUCAAAUAUCUCCUUAGUAUUUCCUUUCUUCUUUAAUUCUUUUUCCGUUAUCUUUGCUUCGUUCUAACAACGACACGUUCGUUUACUUAUCAGAAUAUACGGUACACAUUUAAAAUCAACACACGUCACUUCUAACGCGCAUUGCUAAAUGCGGAUUAUCGUGACUUACGAUUUCACGCGGCGUCUUCUCGUCUGCAGAGUGCAAACCUUUCGUCUCUAAUGGAAAGAGAAGAAACGAAAAUAGUCGUGAGUAUUGGAGGAUUAUUCCGCGCUAUCUGCUUUCACCUUUUCACGAUCGGCGACGAGGACGGGAGACCGCGUAUGACGCAUAUCUACGUUAGGUUCCGUGCGGUACGAGAAAAUUUUAGAAGGCUUCUCGUUUGGCUAGAUAAUAUACAGCGGUUGUCCCAGUUUUCUGUGCCACGAUAAGAUCUUCGUGCUCUGUAAUAAAAUAUGACCGUUUAAUAUACGAAGCGAAUCAUCCAUCGCCAACGAAAGUGUCGAUCGCUGUUUAUCCUCGAUCAAAUGAUCGUCACUCCUGACAUACUAAUAUACAGAUUAUGAAUUUUUAUGCAUUUCUAGGAAAUUUAAAGAAUGUACAUAACACGCGAAACUCUGCACUUAAUCCUGAUUCAGCUCAAUUUUCGGUCGACAACGGUCGUCAAUCAUCGCGAAGUUUCAUUUAAAUAUCUAAAACAUGAUAGAAAUUUAGAAAACUUUAGAAACUUUAGAAAACGUUAAACCUUCUCGUUUACUCGUUAUUUCUUUUUAAUAAGAUGUUGGUGACUUAAUAAGUCUUUUUAGUAAUAAACGAAAGGCUUGGAAAAAUACGGUAUCUCGUAAGUAAAAAUAUAAAAAAGUCUUUAAUAUCCUUCUGCUGUUUCCGAUUGUUAAAAAUAUCCGUAUAAAAAUAAAUGGUUCGUUAUGUAUGAAUAAUGCCGAGUGGAACAAAUCGUUGACGCAAAAAGUUCGUAUAAAUCCUAGAAUUUUAUGCGUUAUAAAUCCGCCAAAGCGAAGUUCCCUUUCACCGACGAGACAUUUAGUCAUGUGUACUAUAUCUUAGAUAGUGCACCGUACACUUAAGCGAAUAUGUGUAAACACAUUAACGACGAAAUGAGAGAUUUGACAGGUGUUUGUACAUUUGUGUGCAUAUAUGCACUGGUAUAAUUUAACUAGAUCGGAACGUUAUUCACAUAUGUGUUACGAUGCAACGAUAUCCGGUUACGGAACUCUAAAACAAUUACAUCAUCCGUAUAUCCGGCACGAAAGCACCUUUAUGUGCUCCUCGUAGCGUAAUAUCAAAGGAAAUUAUAAAAAUCCAGUUUUCCCCUUAGUUUCGAAAUGGCAAAAUAACAGGACAUCUCAUUUCUAUAGAAAUUUUUAUACGAAUUCUAUUAUAUAUCGUUGUAUACGCUACUGCUACGAUUACCGCAAUAUUUAAAUUAGAGCGAUUUCGAAACUACUUAGGAUCGUAAAGCAAGUCGUCUUGUUUUCCUCGCGAUAUAAUGUUACAAUAGCGACCGCAGGCGUUAUCGGGGUCCACUUAAUAAAUCGUAAUCAACAAUACGAUCUGGUUCGAUUCUUUAGCUCAACCUUCGACAACAGCCACCUUCUCUGGAAUACUUGAGAGCGCAUUGUCGAUGUUACUAAACCUCUCAGCAGAUAACCGGUUGCAACACGAGUUGAACCUGACAUUCCGGAUUUACGACAAUGUUUCGCACCACGACGGAUGACUAUAGCGACCCAAGCAGCCGAUGCGUUUUUUCUUUAAGAAAAAAAUGUUACAUAUUAUUACUUAAUCAUAGACUAAAAAACGAAUGGAAAUUUUUAAUGAAAUGCGAGUACAUGUACUAUGUCUAGCAUGUAAUUGUCUUCAAAUGCAAAUAUCUAUCGAAAAUUUUUAUUUGACGAAUCGUCGCUCACGCGAUAAACAGAGAUAUGUAGAUAUUUAUGCAAACUUAUACUUUUUGCGAAUAUGACUAAAAAACUGCAACAUGGGUAAGAAAUUGUUUUAUCCGUUUUAAGUAUUACAAAUAGUACACCUACUUUGGGUAUUUUAUAUACUUUUGCGUAUUAUGAGUAUUCUAUAUGCAUCUUCGCAUCUCUAAAUUUUUCCAAAAAACGCAUAGAAAUUCGUAGGCUAUUGAUAAAUAUUUCAAUAAAUCGAAGAGGAGAACUCCCACUCCCAAACCGAAGACAAAAGACGUAGAUCUAUAUAAGUGACGCGAUUGAAAGUGUUACGGCUCUUUUUCCUCAAUUUCUGAUAAAUAUGAAGAUCAUUUUGAACAGAGACGUUUCUCCCGCGUGCUUCGCGUGUGAUUUUCGUAACAAUGGUGUUAAUGCAAUUCCGUGGAUCUUUCUCAGUUCUUCCAGAAGCUUCCGUUAUCAGCUACGAGAAGAAAUCGUUGACGUCAUUCUCUUUUUCGAAAUUUUUAUUUAUUCGACGUCUUCGUCGAGAAAUUUAUACGACACGUAAGAAAGAAAAUACAACGUGUGGGUGUUAAAAGAAGGCGACACUAAAGAUUUAUGGUAGUGGGGCGAGAGACUGCACACGUCUGCUCACAUUGUUAUUACACGGAGCUUUAUUUAAGGAAGUGAGAGACUUCGGGACAGUAUAUGAUAAAACACGUACAGGUUUCCGCUGCAGAACUCUUCAAGCGACGAACUGCUGCUCAGUCUCGCUGACGGGUCAAUAAAAUCUCUUAGCUCCUAUCAUUCUUCGGGGACCUUCGUAAAAAGAAAGCUAAAAGAAAUUCUAAAAGCUAAUACGAAGGUCCGAAGUUUCCCUUACGAUGUAAGAAUCCUUCGAUAAUUCACAGAACACGAAAAUUAUGAAUAUUAAAAAAAGCUAUGAAAAUAUUAUCAUUAUUGAACGCUCAAGGUAAAAUCCUUGGAAAGAAAGUGGUCCUACGGUAAAAAAAAAAAAAAAAAAAAAAAAGAAAAAAGAAAGGACCGGCGUCUUUUAUGUGAAAUUAAAAAUUCCGAUGAAAGAUACUAUUUUUCCAAUCAGUAUGGUACCUCCAAUACGUCAUCCAACUACCGGCAUUGUUUUCACAACUGUUCACCACGGUAUAUAAUUGACGAAUCGUGAAAAUGUCCAUCAAUGCAGGUCGCUCCAUCGACGAUGAAGAUAUUCGUCGCCUGUUUCGUCAUUUGGACGUUGAUAAACCGAGAAAUCGUACUCGCGAGCAGUGUCGAAGCACAGAAUCAAGAAAAUGAUGGCCAAGUAGAGAACGUGGAGUACAUACUGCCGACUACGUUGGAUGGUUUUUCGCACGAGAGCGAUGGAAAGACAGGGGAACGAGUCGAGGCAGAGUCGUCAUCGAGCAGCGAGACAUUCGCGUCGAGUUUCUCCUCUUCGUCCGCGCGAACAUCGUCGAAAAACGCGGCGUCAUCGGCAGCGCUUUUGUCGGCGUUGAAUGAGAAACUCGACAUCGGCGAAGAGAAAGCGUCGUCAAAAUUAAGAAGUGAACCUUCCAACGAAGUUCUGAUCACCGAUGGAUCGCUUUCCAAGGAGAAAUCUAUCGGAGCUGAGAUCAGCGAGGAAUCGAGUUCUAAAGUCGAAUCCAAUUGGGAAAGCGUCGAGAAGGAAUCGAACGGCGACGAACAGAACCAAAUUGUUAAGACGUACGUGAAGAAAGGGCCGGUUAAGACCUGGAGCUGGAGCAGCGUGGGCAAUGAGUCGCAUAGUUCCUCCAGCGAGCAAAUUGAGCUUCUUAAAGAAGAAAAAUCGAAGGCGGAAGCUAGGAUCAAGUUGGAAGCGGAGGCACGAGUGAAGGCCGAGGCGGAGGCAGCGGAAGCUCGAAAGUUGUUGAAGUCUCAAUUGAAUGCCCUGAAACAGGCGCAAGCUAAAGCUCAGGCAGAAGCAGAGGCUCGAGCACAGGCAGAAGCAUUGGCCGCGUCGGAAUCCAAGGCUUUGGCUUCCGCUCGAGCAAUAGCUAAGGCCAGUACCGAAGAAGCUGCACAGGCACAGGCGCAGGCGAAGGCAGAGCAACAAGCUCGUUCCAUACUGCAGACCAAACUCAUUUCCAUCCUAAACACGCGUGCUCAAACCAACGUCGAAGAGGAAAUCGUAAUCACGGAAGAACUGAAAGAAGCGGCGAAGGCCUCGGUGCAAGCUUCUAUAGCCGCGAGCGUGGCUGCCAGAAAAGCUGCUAAAUCGAUCAGGAUCGCGGCUAUGUCUCGAACGAACGCCGCCCUUAAGGCUUUGUCGGCUCAGAAGGCCACCGUUAUCCAGGCAGUCGCUUCCGCCAACGCUAGAGCCGUUACUAGCGCUCUGAGCACCGCCCUCGAACAGGCUAUAGUUUCUUCGAGAGCUGCGGCUUCUUUGCAAACGGAAGCUUACGCCAUAGCUCGUAAACUCGUACAGGCAGCUAUCGCUGAAGGUGCUACCCUGGAUUAUGCGAAAUACAGAGCUGAAAUACGCGACAAAGCGAUCGCGAAGGCGAAAGCCUCCGUGGAAGCGGCUGCCACCGCGGCUGCCGCUGCAGCUGUUGCUUCUAAUCAAUUGGCAAGUUCACAGGCGAAUAAUCUGAAUGCUGCUACCAAACUGGCUGCCGCCCAAACAACUGCGGUCUCUAGAGCGGAAACCGCGUUGUUGGAAGUGUGUGCAGCGGCCAAGGAGGAGAUGGCUGCCAUGGCGAGAGCAGAUGUUAAAGGUGCUGCUCUUGAAGCUGCAACCGCGGCUCAAGCGAGUGCGCUUCAAGGUGUAAGGGACGGAGUUGUAAUAGGAUUGGGUUCAUCCGCUACCAAGCUUAACGAGCAACAGGCGGUAGCAUUGUGGGAUGCAGCCACCGAAGAUGGGAAGAAGGAAGAGAUAAUAGAGACAUCAGACAGGCGAGCCAUUAUUUUCACAAUUGUCCGCGGCGCUAUAAAUCCGUCCAUCCUUGCACAGCCGGUAUCAAUCCGCGAAGCGUCGUCGAACAUGAAGAUUCCAGCACUGCUCGUAACGUGCCUCUAUCUUUGGGGCUUUGCGUCCGCCACCUCGAGCUCACCCCUGCUCGAGAUCGUGCAGGGUAGCGCGUCGGCCACUGCAUCCACCGCUGUAACCGCUAGAUCCGGACUUCGUGCCGGUCAAGUAGCCCAGGCCUCGCAGAAGGAUGCCGCGCUUCAGGCAGAUGCCUCAGCGGCUGCCGCGACCGCUGCACGCGCUUCCGCCGACCAGUCGGCCAGUCUAGCCCAAGAGUCGGCAUCUUUGCAGUCCAAAGCUGCCGCUAGAGCAAAAUCGGCCGAGGAGUCAGCGGCAGCUACGGCCAAAGCCGAGUUGCAGGCAGAAUCCACUGCUGAAUGGGCCAGUUCCGCUGCCAAAGAGGCUGCAGCGUCCGCAAAAGCUUCCGCAUCCGCGAUGUCAGCGGCUGCCGUGCAGGCGAAGCUCGCCGAAAAGACAGCCAAGAAUCAAGCUCUGGCUUCCGAAGAAGCCAAACUCAAGGCGGCCGCCGCUGCCAGCGCAGCAGCAGCAGCCAGCGCCGCCGCCGAGAUAGCCCUGAAAGCUGAGAAACUAGCGGAAGAAGCCAUCGCCAAGGCAGCCGCUGCCAAAGCAGCUGCCAGAGCCGCUGCAGCCGCGUUAAACUCCGCGAAGGAAGCCGCCACGAGCAGCGCAAGGAGCGCCGCCGAAGCCGAAGCUAAGAGCGAAGUCGCUCUACUGAUCAGCGAACUCGACAAGAAGAGCAGGGAACUCGCCGCUUCCACGUCGGCCAAGGCACGCGCUGCUGCCGCAGCUAGCUCCAGAAACUCAGAAACGGCUGUUAUUGGAGCUAACAUUAAUGUGGCCAAAGAGAUCGUGGCCAUUCCCAUCGAGCCAGCGAAAAUUCCGGAGCCAAAGCUGGCGUUGAAAGAAGAGACUACCGCGAUCGCAAGCUCAGAGAGUGAUCUGGCGGUAGAAACGAGCAGCGAAUCAUGGUCAAUUUAAGGGAUGACUGGAUGCAGUACCAGGGAACGCGUUUCGUUCGAGAAUAAUGUUUGGUCAAUGUAGGAUGCAUUCGAUGUUUCCGGAGGAAAUUCACGUGUCAAUGUUGCCUAUAGUCAGACAGAGAUUGUAAUGAUGAAAAUAAAUUGGUUUAGCAUA